AUGAAUUUAUUAAAGAAUUAAUGUUAUAAAAAUAAAACAAGUUCUUCCUAUCAAGUUUUAUAUUCAUAACAUACUAAUAUCUUUGGCUAUCAAUUAGCCUUUAUAUGCGAAGAAUCAAAAUUAUUUGGGUAUACAGAGUAGGAAAAUAUUUGGCUUUAGGAAUUUUAAAUUAAGGAAUCAUUAUUUAACAAAAAUCAAUACUAUACAUCCUUCAAUUAAAAACUUGAAGGUCAUAACUAUGAAAUCAAUGUUUUAGAAUAUAAUUCAUCUCUUAAGCUAUUAGUUUCUGCAAAUUUUGAAGAAAUGAAAUUAUGGUAAAAAGAUAAUUAAAAAUAAUGGAAGAAUAAAUAAACAUUAAUGAUAUCACUUACAAAAAGAUUAAUUAUAAUAAGCGAUAAAUUAAACUAAAUUAUUUAUUCGCCUUGUAGAAAAAUAUCUGUAUUAUAAAACAUAGAUAAAGAAAAUAUUAAAUUUUCUUAAAUUUAAUUAAUAAAAUUAUAGGAAAAUUUAAUUAAAUCAUUUAAUCUCAAUGAAUAAUAGGAUCUAUUGUUUGUAGAGUAAUAUGAUUUUGAAAUUCUUAUUUUAAGAGUUUAAGAAUAAAAAUGGCAUAAAAUACAGCUCCUAACAAAUAUAAAAGAUUGUAUAUUUAUUGGAGUAAAAAAGUUCUUCUUUAAUUAUUAUUCGCAAGAUAUAGUAAAUCAAUAAUAUAAAGUUUUUGCACUUAAUAAAAAAAAUAACUAAUUCGAAAUAAUUCAUGAGAAAGAAAUUGACUCUAAUGAAUAGACUUUGGAUGAAACAUCAUUUUUUACAGCUUUUUAGACAACAAAAUGUUGUAAAGUGUACCAUUCAUCAUCCAAAGGUAUUAUCACUUAUAGAAAUACAAUAUAAAAUUUUGAAAGGGUUUUGGCAGUAUCAUCAAAAGGAUUGUUUAUAGUAAGAUUGAAUUUUUAAGCAAGUUAAAUAAAUAUAUAUAUCAAUACAUAAAAUACUUGA